GGUCCCCAGGCAGGUCCGGAGCCCCGGCCCCUGGCGCCCUGAGCCCUGCCUGGCCCGGAUCAGCCCGCUUCGUCUGUCGCCUCUCCCUCCCGAGCAGGAUCCGAGACAGCGACCCCGGGGUCUGGACCAGGGCUACACGCCCCCAGGAAGGAAUCGGCGUGACUCGGACGAGAAGCAGAGAUGGGGAAAAAACUGGAUCUUUCCAAGCUCACGGAUGAAGAGGCCAAGCAUGUGUGGGAAGUGGUUCAGCGGGACCUUGACCUCAGAAGGAAAGAAGAGGAGAGACUAGAGGGUUUGAAGGGCAAGAUUAAGAAGGAAAGCUCCAGGAGGGAGCUGCUCUCAGACACUGCCCACCUGGACGACACCCACUGUGCCUGCUGCCUGCAGCCCUACCGGCUCCUCACUGCCCCCAAAAGGCAAUGCCUGGACUGCAGCCUCUUCACCUGCAAAGACUGCAGCCACGCCCACCCAGAGGAGCAGGGCUGGCUCUGCGACCCCUGCCACCUGGCCAGGGUCGUGAAGAUCAGCUCCCUGGAGUGGUACCACGCACACGUGAGGGCCCGCUUCAAGCACUUCGGGAGUGCCCAGGUGGUCCAGUCCCUCUGCGAGCGGCUGCGGGGAGGAGAUGAGCCUGGGCAGAGCCCUGGAGACAGAGGUGGAGACAGUGAGCAGACAGAUGAGGACGGAGAACUGGACACAGCGGCCCAGGCCCAGCCCCUUGGCAGCAAAAAAAAGCGCCUCCUCCACGUUCACGGCUUGGACUUUGAGGGGGACUCUGAUGACUAUGCUCCACCUUGUGGUCGCCCCUGGAGCCCGUCCCCAGUCUCAGCGACCUCGGACAGCCUGCAGGCCCUGCGUGCUCAGGCCCUCACAGAGGAGACCACCUCCCAGGAGGGCGUGGUCCUGGGGGAAGCUGAUGCCAUGGCCUCUGGGCGCCACCCCUGUCCGGAAGAGCAGACGGUCAGCCUCUCGCCUGCCGGACUGGAUGACCUCGCUGAGCUCUGCCUGCCUGGAGGGUCCUACACAAAGGCCCAAGGUGUUGCUGCCACACCUGGGACAAGCAUCCUCGGGAAAGAGCAGCCCCCCUCCCAGUAUCUGGCCGACGUGGACACCUCGGAUGAAGACAGCACCUGGGCUCAGAGGGUGGCCUCCCACCAUCCCAGGCGGAGAGCCCGGACUUCAGCUGAGAGCCAGAGUCCAUUUGGCAACGAGCCCACAGACUCCGACAUGGAAGAGGCGGCCCUGAAGAGGAAGCUGGAGGAGAUGACCAGCCACGUCAGUGACCAGGGGGCCUCGUCCACAGAGGAGGAGGAGGGGAGCAAGGGUGACGCGGUGGGGCUGGACAGGGCCCCCAUCGAGGGCCUCCCUGGGGCCACCCCGGAGGUCAGCACGGCUGCAGGCCAAGCGCCCGGAUGUGAAAAGGACCCCCGGGGCCCUCAGGACCCCAUGCAGCCCAACAGGACCACAGACGAGGAGCUGUCGGAGCUGGAGGACAGAGUGGCAGUCACGGCCUCCGAGGUGCAGCGGACUGAAAGCGAGGUUUCGGAUAUUGAGUCCAGGAUUGCAGCCUUGCGGGCUGCGGGGCUCACGCUGAGGCCCUCAGGGAAGCCGCGGAGGAAGUCCAACCUCCCGAUACUUCUUCCCCGGCUUGUUGGGCAAACUGGCCAGAGUCCUAAGGAGCCAAACGCAGACCCUUCAGAUGAGGCCGAGGUGAUGGGUGUGCCCUGUCUGGUGAGAAGGAAGCUCAGUAAUUACCCCAAAAGUCAAGACAAACGUGAUGACUUCGAUCGGAAAUCCGUGUACCACGGGUCCCUGACACAGAGGAACCCCAACAGCAGGAAGGGAGUCUCCAACCAGAGCUUUGCCAAACCUGUGAUGACCCACCAGCCCUGAAAGGAGAGGUCCGUCUGAACAGGACAGAGCGACAGAGCGGCCCCCGUCCUUCCUUCCCUCCACCUCGGCCCUCAUGCCCUCCGAUCACCCUGUGCACGGCCCAGUGGGGGGACAAGAAGACACCCUGCCCACGAUGCUGGGAGCUGACAGUGGUUCUCAAACCAUCAGCUCUUCACCCACAUCCACAGACGACCUCCAAGCCCCUCCUGCCGGCCUGCUCUAAUCUGUGAGAAACAGCUCAGCUGAUAUGUCUUCCCUUUAGGGCAAAACAGUUGAAACUUUUUGAAGGACACAGAGCUCUUUUUCAGUGUGACCUCCGCCCCUUUCACUGCUGGCUUGCUUCUGUUGUGCUUGUGACUAGAACGGGAAGGGCGGACCCGCACCAGCCACCUGCAGGUCCCCGUCUUCCUUGGAGCAUGUGCAGGUGUGUGUGCUUCUGUGGGAGUGCUGCGGGGUGUCAGGACAAGUGACUGGGCUCGUGACCAGCUGAGUAAGAGGGAGGGCUAGACCCCCACCCCACCACGCACCCCGUCUGCCGGCUCACCUGCGGCGCACAGGCCAGGAGAACUAAGCUGUAGCCGAGGGCAGAGUGGGCCAGUGGCAGCGGGUGAGCAUUUGACCGAAGCCCAGACGCAGGGGCAGAGGACCUGCUGGGAGGCAGCUGACGAGCUCCGGACGGGCAGGCCGAGGCCCAGGGUCCAGCCCUCCUGCAGUGGAGUCCAGUAGAACAAGGACCGGGGCCCAUGAGUGAUGCCCGCCAGCCACCUGUCAUCUGUCUGUGGACGAGCUCCGGGACCCCCUCCACCUCGGACAGCCUGGGACUUGGGUUACGUCUGAGUGUCGUGUGGCUUGUCCAGCUUUAAGGGGAGCCCGCCGGGACCCUCACAGCUGCGUUGAGCGUAGUCAGCACGUCUCCCUCUCCCUGAGCGUGGCUGUCUGUUCCACAGGGCCCAGUGCAUUUAGUCCUCGGAACAGCCCAUUUUGCAGAGGAGAGAACAGAGUGUGAGGUGGCCUCCCCUGGAGCUGGAAGCCACGUUGUGAUCCUCUGCUGCUUCCCCAAGUGACUUUGCGUCUGCUUUAGCUUUUCUCUCUCAAGUGGGGUGUUGUUUGUGUUCAGAUGAAAUAGUAACUAAAAGAAAGGGAAUAAAUGAUG